GUAAAGAAUAGAUAGGAGCGUCAAGACAGACAAAUAUAUAAUUCAGCCAUACGAUCGAAAUAGGUAGCUAUCAUCAUUCAAGGAAAGAAAGAUGGGAAGAGCGGAAGGAUGGACUAGAUUACGCGCAGCCGCCCUUUUGUUCAACGCCAUAUUGUUAGGCGUCGGAAACUGCGGCAACCCUCUUCUCACGCGCCUCUACUUCAUCGGCGGCGGCGCCCGGAUUUGGUUUUCCGCCUGGCAGCAAACCGCCGCUUGGCCAGUCACUUUCAUCCCUCUUUUCGUCUCCUACAUCCACCACCGCCGCAGCCGGAGCCGGACAAGUGACUCCGGUGAGUUCCAACACAUCACGCCGUUUCUUUUCAUCUCCGCAGCCCUCAUCGGCCUUCUGAUGGGCCUGAACAACUACUUCUUCACGUACGGCUACGCCAAGCUCCCGGUCUCCACGGCGCUUCUGAUCGGGAGCGCUCAGCUCGCGUUCACGUCGGUGUUCGCUUUCUUCCUCGUGAAGCAGAAGUUUACGGCGUUCACAAUAAACGCGAUCGUUUUGCUGACGUUAUCAGCAAUUGUUUUAGGCGUCCGGGCGGGGAAUGACCGCCCGGACGGGGAGCCGAACAAGGAUUAUAUUUUGGGGUUUGUAUUGACAAUUGGGUCGGCGGCUUUGAUAGGGUUGCUUUUUCCGUUAAUUGAGUUGAGUUAUAGUAAGGCGAAGAAGGCCAAAAUUGAGUAUAGUAUGGUGCUGGAAUUUCAGAUGGUUCUAUGUUUUGCUGCCACUCUUUUCUGCACGGUUGGAAUGUUCAUAAACCACGACUUCCAGGCAAUAUCAAGAGAAGCAAGAGAGUUUAAAUUAGGAAAAACAAAGUACUAUUUGAUUAUAGUGGGGAAUGCAAUAUUUUCACAGUUCUUUUUCGUGGGAGCCCUCGGAGUGACGUCGUAUGGCUCAUCUCUGAUGUCUAUUGUCAUCAUCGCCGUCCUCCUCCCCAUCACGGAGCUGAUGGCCGUCAUCUUUUACCACGAAAAGUUCCAGGCCGAGAAGG